CCCUCUCUCUCUCUCUCUCUUUCUCUUUCUCUCAACAGAACCUAAAAUGGCUGAGAGUUUUCCCUUCCCAACAUUUCUUAUACUCAUAUUCUUGAUCAUUCUGAGCGGUCUGACUUUCACCAUGUGUUAUAAACUUCGUGACGAUCCAGAAGCCAUUAAAUUAGCUUCUAGUGAUUUUGGUCACAUUCAUAGAUACAACCCAGCAGCCGUUUUGUACCCAGCUUCCAUAAACGACAUUUCAAGCUUGAUCAAAUUCUCAAACAAUGUUUCGACUCCUUUCAGCAUAGCUGCUCGAGGCCACGGUCAUUCCACCAGAGGACAGGCCAUGGCCCCGAACGGUGUUGUGGUGGACAUGACCUCACUGACAAAUUACCGUCCACAUGUAUCUGGAAUUAGUGUUAAUUCUUCUAAUAAUUCGGGUAUUAAUAUUAAUAAUAAUGAUAAUUACGCUGAUGUGGGAGGUGGACAGCUUUGGAUUGAUGUGCUGCAUGCCACAUUAGAACAUGGACUUACACCGGUCUCGUGGACCGACUACCUGUACUUAACCGUUGGCGGGACUCUCUCCAACGCUGGCAUCAGCGGCUCGGCCUUCCGGUUUGGUCCUCAGAUUACCAAUGUUUAUGAAAUGGAUGUUGUCACUGGACAAGGGGGUUUUGUGACUUGCUCACAAAAAAACUCUGAGCUCUUCUUUGGAGUCCUGGGAGGAUUAGGUCAAUUUGGGAUUAUAACUAGGGCAAGAAUUGCCCUAGAGCCAGCACCUAAGAGGGUCAAGUGGGUACGAAUGCUUUACAGUGACUUCUCUACCUUUGCCAGAGACCAAGAACGUUUAAUUUCUCUCAAUGGAAGAAAACAAAGCAACGCCCUCGAUUAUUUGGAAGGUUCACUUAUGUUGAACCGGGGUCCUCCGGAUAAUUGGAGAUCCUCCUUUUUUCCACAAUCUUCUCACUCAAGAAUUAUUUCUCUUGUAACCAAACGUGGCAUCAUUUAUUGUCUGGAAGUAUCCAAAUACUAUGACGAGCACACUGAAACGACCGUGAAGAAGGAACUUGAACUUCUAUUCAAAGGGUUGAGCUUUCUUCCUGGAUUUUUGUUUGAGAAGGAUGUGUCUUAUGUCGAUUUUCUGAAUAGAGUUAGAAGUGGAGAGGAAAAGCUUCACUCACAAGGACAAUGGGAUGUCCCUCAUCCAUGGCUGAAUCUUUUUAUUCCAAAAAGUAGCAUCUCGGACUUUGAUGCAGGAGUGUUCAAGGACAUUGUUCUCAGGAGAAACAUUACCACAGGACCAGUCCUCGUUUAUCCAAUGAACCGGACCAAAUGGGAUGAUAGGAUGUCAGCGGUUAUACCACAAGAAGAUGUUUUCUACACCGUAGGAUUUUUGCAUUCAAGUGGGUUUGACGAUUGGGAAGCAUUUGAGGAGCAAAACGAAGAGAUAUUAGGGUUUUGUGACAGGGCUGGUUUAGAGGUUAAGCAGUACCUUCCUCACAUAAAAACACAGCAAGGUUGGAUAAACCACUUUGGCUCUAAAUGGAAAGCCUUCCUGAAGAAGAAAGCUUUGUUCGACCCCAAGAGGAUACUCUCUCCAGGACAAAGAAUUUUCAAUAAUUAAUCUUAUAUAAUAUGUUCGUUUAGUAAGCUAAGGUAGCUAUAGUAUUAGUUAAAAUUAAUUAAAGUUAUCUUAUUUUCAUUGUUUUAUUAGUAGUUCUUGUAAACUUGGUUAUGAUAUGGUAAAAUAUGAAUUUAGCAUUUCUAA